UUUCUCUAGUAUACGGCAAAUCGAUAUAUGACGAGCAGCAACACUGGUUCUUUUCUCUAUCAAAGCCAUUCAUUCUAUUUAGUUUAGAUUUUACUUUCAUUCAUUCAUUCCGUCUUUCUGAUAAAAUGGCUGCCGUGCAAGAGGCGAGACGAGAACCUAUCCAGGCUGUCCAAGUUUUCGGACGCAAGAAAACCGCAACUGCAGUAGCAUACUGCAAACGCGGCCAUGGAGUGCUCCGGGUGAACGGUCGCCCCCUUGAGCUGGUGGAACCUCGCCUUCUUCAAUACAAACUUCAGGAGCCAAUCCUACUCCUGGGAAAGGACAAGUUUUCGGGUGUCGACAUCAGAGUCACAGUUAAGGGUGGUGGUCAUGUUGCACAGGUUUAUGCUAUCAGACAGGCUAUCUCCAAGGCACUUAUUGCAUUCUACCAGAAAUAUGUAGAUGAAGCUUCAAAGAAGGAAAUCAAAGAUACUCUCGUCCAAUACGACAGGAGUUUGUUGGUAGCCGACCCGCGUCGCUGCGAACCCAAGAAAUUCGGUGGUCCAGGCGCCCGCGCUCGAUACCAGAAGUCGUAUCGUUAAUAUUUCGCUUUUAACGCCGAUUGGUAUCGUGCAGAUGACAUUUAUGUGUACGAUAUCAAUUGGUGUUUUCAAAUAAAAAAUAUAAAAAAAAUACUUAGUUUUAUUUAUAUUUCUUAAUAGAUAUA